UCGCAGCAGCCCUGUCCGCUCCCAGUGGAGAAAAGGGAGAAAAGCAAAUAUUUGAGCCGCCCCCCCCCCACCCCGCGGCGUGUCCCGCGACCCCUCCCGCCUCCGGCGGCGCGUCCACCCCCGUGGCCAUGCCCGGGGAGGUGGGGAACAAGAUCCCCCGGGAGGACGGGGGUCCUCGGGGACCCCCGGGCCACCGGCGCCGUCCCGAUCCCGGCAGUGUGUGUGUGUGCGUGUGUAUGUGGGGGGAUCCCCCGGGUGGAGGCGGUGGCCGUUCCGGAGGGACGCGGGACCCCCGGCCCCGGGGUAGGGCAGGACGGGGCACGGCUGCACCCAGCCGCUCUCCUGCCUCCCGGGGCUCCGGCUCGUUUCGAUUUCGUUUCCCGGAAGGAUCGCGCCGGAGCCGCAGCGGCCGCAGGGACGGGACCCACCCGCGCCGGGCACCCGGGCAGCGCCGAGCACCGCUGCGGGGGGCGGCCGCCCUCCGCCGCCGGGGAUGCAGGGUAAAGUGGCAGUCAGCUCAUCCAGCCCCACCGUCGCAGCUUCCUUACCACCCCCGUCCCAGCCCAGACACGCGCCCAUCAGCGAGGGGGAGAUCUUCAAGCUUCCAGGCAGGCUGAGAAUCCAGCCCUCGCUGUGGAGCAAGGAUGACGUGAUACACUGGCUAAGAUGGGCUGAGAAAGAGUAUUCCCUUCGGCAAACCGACGAAAGCAAGUUUGAAAUGAACGGCAAAGCCCUGUGCAUCCUCACCAAGGAUGACUUCAGAUACCGAGCUCCGAGCUCAGGUGAUGUGUUAUAUGAAAUACUCCAUUACAUUAAAACUCAAAGAAGAGCUCUGGUGUGUAGCCCUUUGGUGAACUCACCCUUCAGGGAAACCAGGAGCACAGAGAAAGGGACAGACUGUAGUGCUGAGGCUGCCCCGGUUGCUGUUUUCUCCUGCCUGGGUUGUGUAGAACAGCCUGUGUCUCACAGCUGCUCAGAGCCACUGAACCUCUCCCAUCACAGCCCAGAGGGCAGCUGCAGGGCAGAUCCCAUUGGCUCUUUUCCUACAGCCUUCUUGGCCCCAGUGGAUGGGAAAAUUGCAGACUGCAGGUUGCUGUGGGAAUACGUGUACCAGCUCCUCUCUGACAGCCGCUAUGAGCCUUACAUCAAGUGGGAGGACAAGGAAGCCAAGGUCUUCCGGGUCGUUAACCCAAAUGGACUUGCCCAGCUCUGGGGGAACCACAAGAACCGAAUGAACAUGACGUACGAAAAGAUGUCUCGAGCUCUCAGACAUUACUACAAGCUUAACAUCAUCAAAAAGGAGCCAGGGCAAAAGCUGUUGUUCAGGUUUUUGAAGACUCCUGGGGAGAUCAUCCAUGAGAAAUCCAGUAAACUGGAGCAGCUGGAGGAUGAGGACCAUGAGGAUUUGAAAGAAGGAAAUCUUUGAAGGUGGCACUAGCAGCGCAUUGCAGACAGGGCUGUGCUCUGCCGGCAUCUCUUGCGUCUCCUGGACAGAAGGCCACGGAGCGGGCCCUGGAUUUCAAAACCUGCCCUGAGCCAAAAAGCUGUGACAUCUCUGGGGCUUCAUUAGUGAUACACACCCAGAAACUGUCCCCCAGCCCCCAAAGCGCAGAUGAACGUGUGGGCUGGUCUUCUGUUCACUUCUCUUCUGUCUGCUGGGAGGGAAUGUGAUAUUUUUGCUCUGUGAAUUUUGAUGCUUCUCUUUUAAGAUUUAAACUGGCUGGUAAAGACCGCUCUGUUCUUACAGCGAGACGUGCUGAGCAGAGAGCACCGGAACACGUGCUCCUGGUUAAACAUCUACUGAAGUGCUUCUGGAGAGGAGUGGCCCUAAGCGUGGACACGCUGCUCUGAAUUGGAGCCAUUUCCCCAAUUCGAGAAUGGACUGGUAUUGCAGAUACGCUGUACGCUGUACUCUCAGUCUUCUGUGGGGUUGCUCUGGUGACUAAGGGUGGGAGUGUGCUGAAAUAUCCGCCCGCAUCAGGCCUGGCUGGAGUUCCAGGCUGCAUAGAUGCCCUAAGCUGGGUCUCAUUUUAACUCCUUUCCAUCCAUGUAAUGCUUUUUAUAAUUAGCUGACUAAAUAAUGUGAAAAGAAACAAAGGCAGUAAUGAGUGAGCACACUCAUCAGACACGUGCUUUGAGUCCGACGCAGGAACACCUGCAAGCCCAGGCAUUGUUAGUGACCUGGAAGAAACAAUGUGUGUGGUUUUGAAUCUGAAAAUAUCCACCAAUAUUUUCAGAUUGUUCUUCAGUGGAGGAAAUAAAAUACCGUGACUGUGCAAGGUUGAAAAUUCAACUU